AUGGUGCAAUUGAAUGUUCCACGGAGGGAUUUUUGCAUAAAGCAUGGGAGCCGCUCAUUUGACUUGACACAGGUCGGCUACCAAUACCCUGCGCGUCGUUAUCGGAGUUACGCCCGGAUUGCAUACAAUCAUUUUCCGAUUCUCACAAAAUCAUUGGAGAAUUUGCUACAUCCAGUCAUCAAUUGGAAUGCAGCCCUUCGAAAUAUUCAUUCGACUCUUCAAUCUCUGCUUCAAUUUUUCACCAUAAAUUCGAAUCCAUAUUUUUCGAGUUCGAAUAUUUGA